AUGGGUGCGUUCCGCCCUGGGAGGGCAAGGUCCCUCGUCCUGGCCAUGCUAUCAGUGAUCCUGGUCUGUACGGUUUACUUCUAUUGGACCCCGACCACCGCAUCCUCUACCGUCUCCCUAGUUCCGAAUACAGCCUUCGAGGUCCCCCUCACGGAACGCCAAAAAGACUUUUGGAAAGUGCUUCGGCCGAUUUUCGAACGACACAACCCUAACUGCCCUUCUCCGGAUAAACUUGGCGAUGUGCAGGCACAGCAUUUCGAGCCAGAAAAGGAAUUAAAAAGGCCCGACCUGACGGCUCUGAGCGAGGAAGAUGAGCGGAAGAUGGAAGAAGCUCAUGCGAGCUUCAUUCAAGAUAUCAAAACCUCCGACAAGGAAUUGAAGCCUAUUCAUACCCCAGGAAAGCGAGGGUUGGUAUCUACUGCUGGUGCGACAUACCUCCCCGUGUUUGUGUCCUCGCUGCGAAUGCUUCGCCGCGCGGGAUCCACACUUCCAGUCGAACUCUAUAUGAAGGAUGCCAGCGAGCACGAGAAACGCGUUUGCAACGAAGUGCUGCCAACCCUGGAUGCGCGAUGCUUGGUAUUGGCGGAUGUUGUGGGCAAGAACAUCAUCGAGCACUAUCAACUCAAGAUCUUUGCGGUGCUGUUCUCAUCCUUUGAGGAGAUUGUCUGGAUGGACGCCGACUGUUUCCCCCUUGGCAAACCAGAGGACUUACUCGACUCCGAGCCAUUCAAAACUAACGGUUUAGUGACCUGGCCCGACUUUUGGGCCUCCUCCGCAUCCCCGCUAUACUACAGGAUCUCACGACAGGAGGCGCCAUCCAUGGCUGUCCGCCAGUCGUCAGAAACAGGGGCUUUCUUGGUCUCGAAGAAAACACAUUUGCUGCCACUCCUAUUGGCUGCCUAUUACAAUUUCUACGGGCCGUCACACUACUUCCGCCUAUUAACUCAAGGUGGUCCUGGUGAGGGCGACAAGGAAACUUUUAUCCAAGCUGCCUCGGCGCUUGGCGCACCUUUCUAUACUGUCAGCGAGAGGGUGCAGGCCAUCGGACACGCCACUGCUGAUGGCUUGUCUGGAUCAGCAAUGGCUCAGUCAGAUCCCCGCGAGGACUUUACCCUGACGCAACAAGAUAAGUGGCGUGUAAAAGACCAAGCAGUGGCCCCUGCACCACACAUCUUCUGGAUCCACGCAAACUACCCCAAGUUCAACCCCGGAGACCGGAUCUUCGGUAUGGGAUGGGAAACAACACCCACGCUAAAAGAAGAUGGCUCAGAUGGACGAGCCUGGACCGCACCGCCGGACACCGUUGCUAGGUUCGGAUACGAUGUCGAAAAGGCCUACUGGGAGGAGAUCAAAUGGGUCAGCUGUAAUUUGGAGACAGCCUUCAAGACAUGGGAGAACAAACUGGGCCUGUGCGAGAGAGUGGAGGAAUAUUGGGGCCAUGUCUUUGCUGGACCGCAUGACGACGAUCCCAAGUUCACCCUUGAUGGCUGA